AUGCCUCCCAUUAACAGAGUAACGGAGUUCGUAAACAGAAACAACCCGACGGCCAAAGAAUUCAUACCCUUCCUCAAGAAGCAAGAUGCGACUUUCUGGCAUUUGGUAUUUUCGGAAUCGACGAUUUUGGAAGCGAUGACAUCGCAGGAGGUAUUAAAGGACAUGCCUCCUCUGGAAGGACAGCAGCUUCAAGUUUUAUUUGCAGGAUUAUGUCUCUCGGGAGAGGAACAAGGCCCCAAAUGGAUUCUGAGUGAUAAAUACAAUGAGACACCAUUGGAGAGGGCAGAUGACCAAGAGCAUGUUUCCCCGGAUUUUCGUGGAGCUAAAAUGGAGAGAUCAAACAAAAGGCUACGGGGAGCAAUGGGAGAAGUGGAAGUCCUUGAUUCAGGAUCAGAGAAAGAAGAUGAUGAAAUCAUUGAUUCGUUUCAAAAAUGCACAAAUUGUCGGAAACCUAAUUUCGCCCAUGGUUUAUUCUAUAAGCAGAGAGAUAAUUUUCUUUGCACACAUUGCCAAGUAGUUUCCAGCUUCCAUCGCCGCAGAUCAGGAACAACUUCAGUCUCAUCCUUACCUCUUGGCUCUCAAGCAAAUGAUGCCGAACCAAUCCAGAAUAGAUGCGAAUCUGGAAGUCCACUACUACUCGCAAAGUCGUCAACUCUCAAAGCCAUACUUCCGUCUGUCGCAGAUUUACCUCAUUUCCUAGGUCUUCAAACCCCGGAAACUCAGUCUUGUCAACGCGCAAUCAAAUCUGAUCCUAUGCCAAUCCCAUUAUCAUUUGAUGAUUCAAAAUCUCCGGAUAGAAGAAGUCAGGUCCCAGAUAUGCCAGUUGCAUCAGUUGACCAAGAUGCCUAUCAGUAUACUUCGAGAGGCGAGCCGUCACCCAUGAAACUGGAUGACAACAUUUCAAGUCCACCAUCGUUAGUCGCGCAGUCCAGAGAAGAGAUUGCCCUGAAGCCAUCGUCUCUAAAGUCGCAACCGCUAGUCUCAGAAAAGAAGAAUUCACUUAAAGCCUUCCUCUUCAAAGCCAUGAAGGCGAAAUCUGAAUCCGUAACUGGUGAUGUUGACGCGGUGUUACCUUCUUUCCAAGAUAGUGAUUUCCCACUGGAGCACAUUCUAAAACUCAUCAUCAUCAGCCAAAUUUCUACUUGUGCAAAGAAAGAUAAAAUCUGCGCAGAAAUUGCACAAGUUAGAUGUGACUUUGAGUUACACAACUUGGUCGAGGAAGCAGGAAUGGCGGUUGAUCCGACUGUGAAUCUCAAGAAAGGGCAUCCUGUUGACAUUCGAAAAGCUAUGUACUACGAGAAGUUGGCUAAGAUAAACUUCUCGAGGGCGGAAGGAAACCUGGCCACUUGCACUGAGAAAGAUCUGAAACUAUUUCUCGAUGAUUGCCGCAAGCAAAAGAGAGUUGGCGGUAAAAUUUCUCAAUUGGUAGAUUCCUUUGGUAAAGGAGUUUUGUUCCUCUAUCCAUUCUUUAUGCCCGAACUCCAAAAGGGAGGAGACAAACAGGACCGGAUUCAAGAAGUGGGUACUUUGCGUCAAGGCCUUGCAAGUCACUGGACUACCCAACUUGCACAGAUUACCACACUAGCUGGACCCGAAGCAACUAUCAUGAUCACCAUUAAAGUAUGGGACAGCCUCGAAAAUGAUCACAUUCCGACUUUGGAGUUCCAACGAUGGUUAACCGAAGUAUUUAUGUUAAAAGAGAGACCCCAAGACGGUGAGUGUACGGUGAAAAGAAUGAGUUCCAUGAGACAAUUGAAUUACGAUGAUUCUGGAAUCAUUGCCUUGCACAACUCCAUUGCCAUUUACGAUGGUCAAGCUGAUUACAGAAAUGUUUUCGGAGGAAUGGAGUCGUCAAGAAAGGUACAGAUUUUGCUCCAUGGUCGUGCAACAUGCGAAGAAGUUGUAUAG